AUGAUAGCGUGUAGCGUAUCAUCUACACAUUUGCAGCUAGUCGCCGAGGCUCUUCACUCCUUUGAUGUAUGA